AUGGUGAUACGAUCCACGAAUGAUCAAUCCGGGGAACUUCGUAGAGCAAGAGAAGAGCGUAAAGUGUUUAGUCAGGCCUCACAAGAGCAAAAAGAAAAAUCGAACCGGAAAGAUUUAGAUGAAUUUGUUAAAUCAGUAUUACAAGAUAAACCUGAUCAAGAAGAGUCUGAUACAAUCUCUGAAAAAACGCAUACACGUGCCUCUUCAAUUUCUGUAUCUACGCAUUUUGGUCACAAUUCCCCCUCAGUAUCAGUUCCUCAAAGUCCUCAGAUUACUACUCCCGCCAAUAGUCGGUUCAUUCCAGGAUUCACAACUUUUGAAGCAAUUAUUUUAGAUAUUGCGCCAAAAGAAGUAGUUCUAUAUAAUAAAGAAGUACAAACUGCAGAAAAUUCUUUUGGACCUCCAAAGGCUAAUUCACAAAAUUUUAAGGAUUUGUCUGAAGUGGAAAGGAAGAAAGUUUAUAAUUCAGCAGAGUUUAUAGAUUUUAUUGAUCACACAACAAAAAUUGUUGAGAGGGCACUUAAUGAAAAUUACGACUUUAUGAGAGACUAUACCAUUAGUGGAAAAGAAGAAAGGCAAGUCACUAAAAAUGCUGAAUUAUGUGUUACUUCAUACAACAAAAAUCCUAUGGCAAUGAAUGAACCUGACGGUGUUGUUUUAGUUUGGAAUUUACAUUUAAUAGAACGUCCAGAAUUUGUGUUUCAUUCUCAGUCUGACGUCCUCACAACAAUGUUUUCAGAAUUUCAUCCAACUCUUAUAGUUGGAGGCACAUAUUCAGGUCAAAUAGUGCUUUGGGAUAUGAGGGCAAAAUCUUUACCUGUCCAUAAAACACCACUUUCUGCUGCUGGACACACACAUCCGGUUUAUUCUAUGCAAAUGGUUGGAACUCAAAAUGCACAUAAUCUACUUACUGCAAGUACAGAUGGUUUAGAAACUUUGGAAUUAGUUCAUACCGAUCACAGUAAAACUAACGAAGUUUCCAUUACUUCACUUGGUUUUCCAGAUAAUGAAACAGCUGCAUUUUUUGUUGGUACAGAAGAAGGCAAUCUUUACCAAGCAAAUCGAUAUGGACGUGCUGGAGGAAAAGCUGGUAUAAAUCCUUACGAUACUUAUAAAGGUCAUUGGGGACCAAUUACAGGUCUUCACUUUCAUCCUUUAGUUGGACCUGUAGAUUUUUCAGAUAUGUUUUUAACUUCAUCGGUUGAUUGGACUGUGAAAUUAUGGAGAGCUAAAUCAAUUUCAAAACCUUCACAUUCACCACAAACAAUUGCGCCAAUUUAUUCAUUUGAAGGUGCAGAUGAUUAUGUUUAUGAUGUCAAAUGGUCACCUACACAUCCAGCUCUUUUUGGUUCAGUUGAUGGCACAGGGAAAUUUUCUGUUUGGAAUUUAAAUGAUGAAACUGAGGGACGAGCAUUAAAUAAAUUGUGUUGGGAUAAAGAAGGUAAAAAGGCAGCAAUCGGAUCAUCAGACGGACGUGUGCAUAUUUACGACAUUGGCGAGUUGCACCAUCCUAGAGAUGAUGAAUGGAAUCGUCUACAAAGAACAAUAUCAGAAAUGAUUGAUACUACUACAGAUAGACAUCAUGGAAAACAUGCAAUAUCUAAAUAA